GUUUACACGCGGUGAACUUUUUCUUCCUUCUCUCUCUCUCUCUCCCUUUUUUAAACGAGUGACAUUGCAAAGGACUCUUCCUCUCUGUCUUUUGUUAAGUUAGUGAAAGGGAUAUUCUAUUUUCUUAGAGCGCCCAAGGGGGCGCAGGGACCUCGCAGAGAAGAGUGGGGAGGAAAGAGGAAGGGUGGGUGGGGGGCAGAGGGCGAGUCGGCAGCGAGGGCAAGCGCUUUCCUGCGGCACGAUGCCGUCCCUGCUGGUGCUCACUUUCUCCGAGUGCGUCUUGCUUGUCUGGGCGUUGCUGGUCGGCAGCACCGGUGGCGGUGGCGGCGAGGGCGCCAGCCCCGGCGGAGGGCGCCAGGAGAGAGAGGCGCUGCCGCCGCAGAAGAUCGAGGUGCUGGUAUUGUUACCCCAGGACGACUCCUACCUGUUCUCCCUGGCCCGGGUGCGGCCGGCCAUCGAAUACGCGUUGCGCAGCGUGGAGGGCAACGGGACCGAGAGGCGGCUUCUGCCACCCGGCACUCGCUUCCAUGUGGCUUACGAAGACUCGGACUGCGGCAACCGCGCACUUUUCAGCCUGGUGGACCGCGUGGCGGCGGCACGCGGCGCCAAGCCGGAUCUCAUCUUGGGGCCGGUGUGCGAGUACGCGGCAGCGCCGGUGGCCCGGCUUGCGUCGCACUGGGACCUGCCUAUGCUGUCGGCAGGGGCACUAGCCGCCGGCUUCCAGCAUAAGGACACGGAAUACUCGCACCUCACGCGCGUGGCACCCGCAUACGCUAAGAUGGGUGAGAUGAUGCUCGCCCUAUUUCGCCACCACCAGUGGAGCCGCGCCGCGUUGGUCUACAGCGAUGACAAGCUGGAGCGGAACUGCUACUUCACCCUCGAAGGGGUCCACGAAGUCUUCCAGGAGGAGGGCUUGCAUACGUCUGCCUACAAUUUCGAUGAGACCAAAGACUUGGAUCUGGACGACAUCGUGCGCUACAUCCAGGCCAGUGAGCGAGUGGUGAUCAUGUGUGCAAGCAGUGACACGGUCCGGGGCAUCAUGCUGGCAGCGCACAAGCACGGGAUGACCAGUGGAGACUACGCCUUCUUCAACAUCGAGCUCUUCAACAGCUCUUCCUACGGAGAUGGCUCGUGGAAGAGAGGAGACAAGCAUGACUUUGAAGCUAAGCAAGCAUACUCAUCCCUCCAAACAAUCACUCUACUGAGGACAGUGAAACCUGAGUUUGAGAAGUUUUCCAUGGAGGUGAAAAGUUCUGUUGAGAAACAAGGACUCAAUGAGGAGGAUUAUGUUAACAUGUUUGUUGAAGGAUUCCACGAUGCCAUCCUCCUCUAUGUUCUGGCUUUACAUGAAGUACUCAGAGCUGGUUACAGCAAGAAGGAUGGAGGAAAAAUUAUCCAACAGACUUGGAACAGAACAUUUGAAGGUAUUGCCGGGCAGGUGUCCAUAGAUGCCAAUGGAGACCGGUACGGGGACUUCUCUGUGAUUGCAAUGACAGACCCAGAGGCGGGCACCCAGGAGGUUAUCGGUGAUUACUUUGGAAAAGAAGGUCGUUUUGAAAUGCGGCCGAAUGUCAAAUAUCCUUGGGGACCUUUAAAACUGAGAAUAGACGAAACCAGAAUCGUGGAGCAUACAAACAGCUCUCCUUGCAAAUCAUCAGGUGGUCUAGAAGAAUCGGCAGUGACAGGAAUUGUUGUGGGGGCCUUACUAGGAGCUGGUUUGUUAAUGGCCUUCUACUUUUUCAGGAAGAAAUACAGAAUAACCAUUGAGAGGAGAAGCCAGCAAGAAGAAAGUAAUGUUGGAAAACAUCGAGAGUUACGGGAAGAUUCCAUCAGAUCCCAUUUUUCAGUGGCUUAAAAGAAAGCCUUUUCUUUUGCCCUGAGAUUCUUUAAGGAGAUAGAUGGGAUGAAAGACAUCAACGGAACAGAAGGGGCGCUCUUGAAGAACUCAUUCUUUUAAGCAGUUAGUCAUUUUGUUGUAUAAUUUCUUUAGAAGCUCAGGAACUAUUAUUAAUCACCAUAUGCCUCCUGGCCUUUCAUCUCAUGACAAGCAAAUAUGAGAAUAUAACAUCACUCUGUUUAAAUAGUCAUACUGUUUCAGGGCCUAUGAUUAGAUUUAUGUUUUGAAAAUGCGAUGUCUCCAUAUCUUGAUGGCUUUUGGGGACAUUUCACAUAAGGCUACAACGUGUGGUUUUCUUAAAUGAAAUGUUUUAUAGCUAGAAUAAAAUAAUUUUUAAAGUAGAAUAUUCUUGGAAAGAAUUUAACAUCCAAAAAGAAGAAAAUGUAAUGAAAAAUCUGAAGGUUGGAAAUACAGCAUUCCUUUUUCUAGUGCUGCUGGAUGGAUUUGAGGUUGAGGAAUGCUCUGUCCAAUGUAUAUAUUCAGGUCCUGAUGUCAUAUCUUGAAAAAGGAUUUCCUGCCUGUCUCCUUCAGUGUCUCAUAAAAGCUAUUCUGGAAAGUUGUAACUAUUAAUAAGAUAAGAGGAUUUAUAUAAGAAAGGCAAAUCUAAAAUGUUUCAUUUUUUAAUGUAAAAAAACCCUAUUUCACACUAAC